AUGUCUGGUCUCAGGAUUCUGGUCCCCGUCAAGCGGGUCAUCGACUACGCGGUCAAACCGCGCGUGAACCGCGCCCAGACCGCCGUCGAAACCGCAAACGUAAAACACUCGAUGAACCCGUUCGACGAGCUCUCGAUCGAAGAAGCCGUGCGCCUGCGCGAGAAGAAAACCACCCCCGUGGAGGAAAUCGUCGCCUUCAGCGCCGGGCCCCCAAAAGCGCAGGAUAUCCUGCGCACAGCCAUGGCUAUGGGCGCAGACCGGGGCAUCCACGUGGUGGUCGAAGAGAAAGACGCGCUGGAGCCGCUAGGCGUGGCGAAACUGCUGCGCAAAGUCGUCGACGAGCAGAAGAGCAACCUCGUUAUCCUGGGCAAGCAGAGUAUCGACGAUGACGCGGGGCAGACGGGGCAGAUGCUCGCGGGGCUGCUGAACUGGCCGCAGGCCACGCAGGCGUCCAAGGUCACGAUUGACGGCGAGAAUGUCGAGGUUGUGCGCGAGGUGGAUGGCGGUGUCGAGACGCUGCGGACGAAGCUGCCGAUGAUUAUUACGACGGAUUUGAGGCUGAAUGAGCCGCGGUAUGCGAGUCUGCCCAAUAUCAUGAAGGCAAAGAAGAAGAAGCUCGAUAAGAAGACGCUGGCUGAUUAUGGGCUGGAUAGCGAGGUGAGGCUCAAGACGGUCAAGGUUACAGAGCCGCCGACACGGAAGGCCGGUGUUAAGGUUGAGGAUGUGGAUGGCAUGAUUAGCAAGCUGAAGGAGCUUGGUGCUUUGUAG